UAUCGACACACAAUCACAACAAAUUGGGACAAACCCAUCGGGAUUGCUUCCCGUAUCUUUACACUUUCCGAACGGUGUCACAAUACGGUAUCGAAUGAAUGAAAUAUAGUAUCAGUUCCGGUAUUGUUAUUCACCCUUUCCUAAUCUGGAGGUGUCUUUGUACAUUUGGAAGAAGGUGUGUGUGUUAGCUCAAUACUUAGUUUGAAUAUCUAGGCGAUAACCUGUGUCUACGCCUCUAUGUAGAUCCGAUAACAGGUGAUUGAUUUUUUUUAUCACAAGCAUUGUGUUGUACUAUGUGUAACAUCACCUUAAAACUUCGUGCUCAGUACCGGUUCGUCUACGAUAGCGUCCGGUUGUGACGGAGAAAAAGGGGGCUUUUACAAUGUGUGGCAUACUUCGAUGUUGUUGCGAUUGUACCAAACGUAUAGCUUGCUGUUGCUGUACCUGUGCCCUUCAGACGUUAUGCUGUAUGGUGUUUGUGGUGGUCAUCAUCUGUCUGGCGAUUGGAUUAGGUGUCUAUUUCGGUGUCUUCCACAAUCGGGACUCGGACUCCAGUACCACGACAACGCCCAGAAGUCUCAUGCUGAACGCCCUCAUGCCUGACGCCUUCAAUGAGGAUAAGGAGUCAACGUGGGUGUAUUAAGAAGGUCCACAAUGUCUACAUUAACACUUCCCCCCUUCAAGAGCAAACGCUGUGAUAUGUGAUUAGACUAAGAAGAAGGACCAAUAGUUCCUAGGGUCUGUUCUCGUGUCUGUUUAACAUUUAGUUGCACAAGUGGAUCUAAAUUUCUCGUUCAAUAAAUCGAUGUGCGCCACACCAAA